AACUUCGCUGAUUAAGAUCCACUCGCAGAAGGAGAGCAGCGAAAAACAAGUGUAGCUUCAGACUUUGCUUGUGAUGGCCGACACUCAGAAGACGUCUCAUGCUCUUUCAUUCCCUUAGCUGUGUUGCCUCUUUGAUGCUGCUUGCUGCGGCACAGAAAGGCAUUGGGAGUUUGAAUGACCCGUGCGACUGCAUGCAGCACCAUGACUUUUGGGUCGCCACCCGAAGGGGCCUUAUGGAUAUCUUUUGGACUCCAGACUACCCAUUGCGAGUGCUCGAUCCAGAAGAUCAAUUGCAUUAUUCUACAAGAAGGCAAUCCUGCUUGUAUUCACCUGAGAACGAGGAGUCACAUCGACCCACUGCGCUGUCAGACUGUAUUCCAGGAUUCAUUUUAGUACAUAUUGUUUGCAUGCAACGCCAUUUGGCGAAUCGCAACCCAGAGCGUGCAAUGGAUUUUGCAACGGAAUUGGUCCGGCUUUUGCCAUUCGGUGCUGCGUGCUUGGACAAAGCUGGGUGGCCAAUCAACUCUGCGCAAGUGUUAGGGUAUUACCGGAGAUUCCGCCGAGCCUUUGCAGCUGGGCCAAGAGGGCCAAUGUUGAGUCAAUGGGAUGCUGUUGAACGAGGAGAUCGCACGGCGGAGAGGGAGAGAGCUUUGGAAACUGGUUCUCUUGUAAGCGACGACUGGCCAACCUGGUUACUUCGGGAGAUGUUUUGGCAGGUUGGAUCAGAACCGUAUGCAGAGAAGCAGCUAGGAGAGGAGCCAGAUGUGUGUCCAGCAGGCACUUUCCCAGAGGGAGGUGCUUGCUGGCUGCUGGGCAAAACGGGCGCCAGCUGCCAGGAGGCCUGCGAUGAUGCGGGAAUGCAGCUAAAUCUUCGAGACCAGAUACGGCAACCAGAUCUUGGAACUCUCGAACAUCCGAGGUUGGACCUUUUCCACGAGCCCCAUGUCCCCCACAUUGUUGCUGCGCAAAGCGGCCACAGGCCUUUGCUGGACAUCCAGCAUCCAUGGGCACCCUUUGAAUGCUUUGUGCCAGAGGAAUCUAGAUUUCACUUGGCAGCGACAUGGUUGGAGCAGGAUCCGGCUUGGAGUUAUCCCAUUUGCGCGCUGGCGUGUCCGUGCAUUCCUGUGCCGGGACUACAAGAGAUUCUGGAGGCAAUUCCAUUUUGGCCAGAAUCCUGAGGAUGCCCAAAGAAGGCAAUACUCCUGAUGAAGGAUGAUCAUUUUAUCGUGUUGAUCUACCUUGUUUUGAUUAGACACAAAGUUGUUUCGCGUGCAAAGACACGUGCAUUCUCGCGCAUCGUUUCUGUCAAGAAUUGUGUGGUGGACGGUGGACGGCCUCGGAUGUGCCAAGCCUUCCAGGAGAGAAGGUAUUGCCUUUCAAAUUGGUGUUAUUUUUGCUUGUGCUAUACUUGCCAAUGGCCUACAGCUCAUCUUGUCAAUAUGC